GCUUUGAUUUUAAUUAGUUUCAAGCGCCUGAUGACGCUUGCUUCUCAACCUCAAUUGCGACGAUUUAUAAAUUUCCCUUGAUUUGGAGAUCGGCAACCACCGGCAGAUAUAGCCAACCCCGGCACUUAUCAUUUGCUAAUCGCCCAUCUAAUCCAGUCUAUUUGUGCGCCGUUUUAACUUGUUUUCGCCAUUUUCUAUUCUCGGAUAGCUUCCUCCCUAAACCCCAUUAAUCAAGUUUUACUUCUUGUUACUUUACAGAAUUCAAGUGAGAGAUUCGUAUAUGAUCUCUCUGUUUUUAGAUCUCUUAUUCAUUCUAUACUGAGCUCCGGGACGAAUUUCUAGAUAAACUCACUUCUUAUUAUCAUCUUUUAUAGACACCCAUUUUAAGAUUUGUUACUGGAUCUGUUUUCUUAAUCGGGCUUUUGAAGAUUUUUGAGGAACGUCACUCCCUGGUUCUUCAAUAUGAACUUAGAUCAUGGUUCGUUUCUAAUGUAAUAUGGAUGUUGGGUUGAUUUCUGGAAUACCCUUUUGGAGACUUUGUUGUUUCUCGAUUAGGUUGAGUGUGUUUGAUGGGACCUGAUUAUACAAGCAAGCGACUGUGCUGGGAACUGUAUUCUGCUGGUUCCAUUAGAAGCUGAAUUUUGGUUACUGGGUUCUACAGAGAAGAAAAAAAAAUGUUUUGGAGGGAUCGUGAGAGGGAGAUCAAGGACCAGAACGGUGGACCGCCGUGCGGGCAGGUUCGAGUUCUUGUUGUCGGCGAUUCAGGUGUUGGGAAAUCUUCUCUUGUUCAUCUGAUUGUCAAAGGUUCUUCCAUCGCUCGCCCUCCUCAGACAAUUGGGUGUACAGUUGGUGUGAAGCACGUUACUUAUAUGAAUUCCGGUAGCUCUUCAAGCAGUAUAAAAGGUGAUGCAGAGAGAGAUUUCUUUGUUGAACUAUGGGAUGUGUCAGGACAUGAAAGAUAUAAAGAUUGCAGGUCGUUGUUCUACUCGCAGAUAAAUGGGGUUAUUUUUGUACAUGAUCUCUCCCAAAGAAGAACCAAAACAAGCUUGCAGAAAUGGGCAUCAGAUAUUGCUGCAACUGGGACAUUUUCAGCUCCUCUUGCUUCUGGGGGUCCAGGUGGUCUUCCUGUUCCUUUUAUUGUUAUAGGAAACAAAGCAGAUGUUGCUACAAAAGAGGGUACGAGAGGAAGCAGUGGCAAUCUUGUUGAUGUAGCUCGCCAGUGGGUUGAGAAGCAAGGUUUGCUUCCAUCAAGUGAGGAACUUCCAUUGACUGAGAGUUUUCCUGGCAAUGGUGGUCUUAUUGCUGCUGCAAAAGAAGCAAGAUAUGAUAAGGAAGCUUUGAUUAAGUUUUUUCGCAUGUUGAUCAGGAGAAGAUAUUUUUCAGAUGAGUUAACACCAUCAGCACCAACUCCCUGGUCUGUUUCUCCAGGUCAGAGACCUGUCCAACGUUUAGACGAGAAUUCAAGUGAUGAUGAUCAGUUUUUCAAGAGUAAACGGUUAAGUGGAGAUCCUUACAAAUAUAAUAUGCUUCCUCCCCUGCCAGCUCAACGCAAUCUCACUCCACCUCCCACGCUUUAUCCUCAGCAGCCAGUCUCAGUGACUGAGAAUUACAGCUUCCCGAGAUUUAGCCUGGUUGAUUCCCAAGAAACAAACAGCACUGCCAGAUCAAAGCGUAUGGAUAUCAAUGUGUGACUGUCCACAGGGAAAUGGAAUUCUUGCCUUUUUUUUUGUCUGGGGGAACUAUUUCAUUUAAUUGAUGAAUUCUUUCCUUUCUGUGUUUGUAAACUGAUAAAAUUGAUUCUUUCUGUCUGAGGCUGAAAGGGCUUUGGGUUGUAGUUUGCAAUCAGGAGUACUGUAUAUUGAUUGAUAUUCAACCUGAACUGGAGGCAGUUGGUUCUCAAAUUUCACCCCUUCACUGAUUAAUGUUGAAAAUAUACAAGUUUGAUUCUA